AUUGUCUACUGUUAUUCAACCAAGGCAAAGAAGGGUUGUGGAAAGUCAUGAAGAUUAGGGGUAGCCAAAACUAUUCAUGUGAUCCUUGAGCAGGUUAUUAACCUCUUCUGGCAUCAGAGGACAGUGCUGCUGUGAGUUUGACGAAGUGGACAUCACCUGCAGUCGGUCCAGAGCUGCCUGGUCUUGAAUAUAAUCAUGGCCAAACCUUAUGAAUUUAACUGGCAGAAGGAAGUUCCUUCCUUUUUGCAAGAAGGAGCAGUUUUUGACAGAUAUGAAGAGGAAUCCUUUGUGUUUGAACCCAACUGCCUCUUCAAAGUGGAUGAGUUUGGCUUCUUUCUGACAUGGAAAAGUGAAGGCAAGGAAGGACAGGUGCUAGAAUGCUCCCUCAUCAACAGUGUUCGGUCGGGAGCCAUACCAAAGGAUCCCAAAAUCUUGGCUGCUCUUGAAGCUGUUGGAAAAUCAGAAAAUGAUCUGGAAGGUCGGAUAGUUUGUGUCUGCAGUGGCAUAGAUCUAGUGAACAUUAGUUUUACCUACAUGGUGGCUGAAAAUCCAGAAGUAACUAAGCAAUGGGUAGAAGGCCUGAGAUCAAUCAUACACAACUUCAGGGCCAACAAUGUCAGUCCAAUGACGUGCCUCAAGAAACACUGGAUGAAAUUGGCAUUUAUGACCAACACAAAUGGUAAAAUUCCAGUUAGGAGUAUUACUAGAACCUUUGCAUCGGGGAAAACAGAAAAGGUGAUCUUUCAAGCACUCAAGGAGUUAGGUCUUCCCAGUGGAAAGAACGAUGAAAUUGAGCCCACGGCAUUUACUUACGAAAAGUUCUAUGAACUGACACAAAAGAUUUGUCCUCGGACAGAUAUAGAAGAUCUUUUCAAAAAAAUCAAUGGAGACAAAACUGAUUAUUUAACGGUAGACCAAUUAGUGAGCUUUCUAAAUGAACAUCAACGAGAUCCUCGAUUGAAUGAAAUUUUAUUUCCAUUUUAUGAUGCCAAAAGGGCAAUGCAGAUCAUUGAGAUGUAUGAACCUGAUGAAGAUUUGAAGAAAAAAGGCCUUAUAUCAAGUGAUGGGUUUUGCAGAUAUCUGAUGUCAGAUGAAAACGCCCCAGUCUUCCUAGAUCGUUUAGAACUUUACCAAGAAAUGGACCAUCCUCUGGCUCACUACUUCAUCAGUUCUUCCCAUAACACUUAUCUGACUGGCAGACAGUUCGGUGGGAAGUCUUCGGUAGAAAUGUACAGACAGGUUCUCCUGGCUGGUUGCAGAUGUGUUGAACUUGACUGCUGGGAUGGAAAAGGUGAAGACCAAGAACCAAUAAUAACUCAUGGAAAAGCAAUGUGUACAGAUAUCCUUUUUAAGGAUGUAAUUCAAGCCAUCAAGGAAACUGCAUUUGUCACAUCAGAAUAUCCUGUAAUUCUCUCCUUUGAAAAUCACUGCAGCAAAUAUCAACAGUACAAGAUGUCCAAAUAUUGCGAAGAUCUAUUUGGGGAUCUCCUGUUGAAACAAGCGCUUGAAUCACAUCCACUUGAACCAGGCAGAACUUUGCCAUCCCCCAAUGACCUCAAAAGAAAAAUACUCAUAAAAAACAAGCGGCUGAAACCUGAAGUUGAAAAAAAACAGCUGGAAGCUUUGAGAAGCAUGAUGGAAGCUGGAGAAUCUGCCUCCCCAGCAAACAUCUUAGAGGAUGAUAAUGAAGAGGAGAUCGAAAGUGCUGACCAAGAGGAGGAAGCUCACCCUGAAUUCAAAUUUGGAAAUGAACUUUCUGCUGAUGACUUGGGUCACAAGGAAGCUGUUGCAAAUAGUGUCAAGAAGGCCUCAGAUGACCUUGAACAUGAAAACAACAAAAAGGGCCUGGUAACUGUAGAAGAUGAGCAGGCGUGGAUGGCAUCUUAUAAAUAUGUAGGUGCUACCACUAAUAUCCAUCCAUAUUUGUCCACAAUGAUCAACUACGCCCAGCCUGUAAAGUUUCAAGGUUUCCAUGUGGCAGAAGAACGCAAUAUUCAUUAUAACAUGUCUUCUUUUAAUGAAUCAGUCGGUCUUGGCUACUUGAAGACACAUGCAAUUGAAUUUGUCAAUUAUAACAAACGGCAAAUGAGUCGCAUUUACCCCAAGGGAGGCCGAGUCGAUUCCAGUAAUUACAUGCCUCAGAUUUUCUGGAACGCUGGCUGCCAGAUGGUUUCGCUGAACUAUCAAACCCCAGAUUUAGCGAUGCAAUUGAAUCAGGGAAAAUUUGAGUAUAAUGGAUCGUGCGGGUACCUUCUCAAACCAGAUUUCAUGAGGCGGCCUGAUCGAACAUUUGACCCCUUCUCUGAAACUCCUGUUGAUGGCGUUAUUGCAGCCACUUGCUCAGUGCAGGUUAUAUCAGGUCAAUUCUUAUCAGAUAAGAAAAUUGGCACCUAUGUAGAAGUGGAUAUGUAUGGGUUGCCCACUGACACUAUACGUAAGGAAUUCCGAACUCGUAUGGUUAUGAAUAAUGGACUAAAUCCAGUUUACAAUGAAGAGUCUUUCGUAUUUCGGAAGGUGAUCCUGCCAGACCUGGCUGUCUUGAGAAUAGCAGUGUAUGAUGAUAACAACAAGCUGAUUGGCCAGAGGAUCCUCCCGCUUGAUGGCCUCCAAGCAGGAUACCGACACAUUUCCCUUCGAAAUGAGGGAAAUAAACCGUUAUCACUGCCAACAAUUUUCUGCAAUAUUGUUCUUAAAACAUACGUGCCUGAUGGAUUUGGAGAUAUUGUGGAUGCUUUAUCAGAUCCAAAGAAAUUUCUCUCAAUUACAGAAAAGAGAGCAGACCAAAUGAGAGCUAUGGGCAUUGAAACUAGUGACAUAGCCGAUGUGCCCAGUGACACUUCCAAAAAUGACAAGAAAGGAAAGGCCAAUACCACCAAAGCAAACGUGACCCCUCAGAGUAGCUCUGAGCUCAGACCAACCACCACAGCUGCCCUGGCCUCUGGUGUGGAAGCCAAGAAAGGUAUUGAACUUAUCCCUCAAGUAAGGAUAGAAGAUUUAAAGCAGAUGAAGGCUUACUUGAAGCAUUUAAAGAAACAGCAGAAAGAGCUAAAUUCUUUAAAGAAGAAACAUGCAAAGGAGCACAGUACCAUGCAGAAGUUACACUGCACGCAAGUUGACAAAAUUGUGGCACAGUAUGACAAAGAGAAGUCGACUCAUGAGAAAAUCCUAGAGAAGGCAAUGAAGAAGAAGGGGGGAAGUAAUUGUCUCGAAAUGAAAAAAGAAACAGAAAUUAAAAUUCAGACGCUGACAUCAGAUCACAAAUCUAAGGUCAAAGAGAUUGUAGCACAGCACACAAAGGAAUGGUCAGAAAUGAUCAAUACCCACAGUGCUGAGGAGCAAGAAAUCCGAGACCUGCACCUCAGCCAGCAGUGUGAGCUGCUGAAAAAGCUACUCAUCAGUGCCCACGAGCAGCAAACCCAGCAGCUGAAACUGUCCCAUGACAGGGAAAGCAAGGAAAUGCGAGCACACCAGGCUAAGAUUUCUAUGGAAAAUAGCAAAGCCAUCAGCCAAGAUAAAUCUAUCAAGAAUAAGGCAGAACGGGAAAGGCGAGUCAGGGAGUUAAACAGCAGCAACACUAAAAAGUUUCUGGAAGAAAGAAAGAGAGCGAAGGAGAUGCAGCAGAUGGUGAAAUUGGAAGCCGAGAUGGACCGCAGACCAGCAACAGUAGUAUGAAACUCCAAAAUGCUAACUGAAGCAGCAAACCCACAAAGCAUCAAAAGAUUCACUCACAAACUUCUGAACACAAACUCCGUGGAUGAAAGCUGUUUAUUUUGUUUCCUUCAUGUGUAAACAAGAUGGUAUCUGAAACCAGAGAGACUUGGAAUGUCUGAUUGACUUCUAUUUAGCAGCUUGAGUAUUGCAUUUCCUUGGCCAAACAAAAGUAGCUACAAAUCCACAAAAAUUUACUAUUCCAGUAAGGCAGAGUUUAACCAUUGAUAAUACAACUUAAACAUGUUUGCUAUAAAAUACCAUCACAAGUAAAUGAGCUUGGUGUUAACAACUCUCCUUUGUGAUGCCUUAGGACAUGUUUGAGCUGCAGCAAAAAAACAAAAACAAAAAACAGUGCAUUAGCAAUUUCAUAGCAAGUGCAUGCACUAGCAAAAGAAAACUCUGUCUACAAAUGUAUUAGCAGAAGUGGUGGUCUGCUAGACAAAUAAUUUUGCAAAAUUUUUCUACAUCUAAGUUACCUCAUCAGUAAGUGCCGUGUCUCUACCAUGCCAUCAGAGGCUAAUUUCCUGUAAAAGUUGUGGAAAUUACUAGAACAAUAGAAAAAUAAAGCAGUGUGUGUGUGCCAAAACUCAUCAUUACUCAAAGGAGAACUGUGUUAAGCACAUUUAAGAAAGUUGACAUCUGACAUUGCUUUAUAGGAAUUGUUUCCGCAGAUUCCAGAUACUACAAUUCACACCAUAAAGAUUGUGAAGUGAUUAUUGGCAAACGUUUGUAAAUGUGACCAUGUAUAAAGUAUUUAUACUCUUUAAUUCACACUGUUAGAGAGCAAAAUCAUCUAAGUAUUGCCACAUGACAAGAUUAGUAAGCAGGAAUACUAGAACUAUGUUUGCAUGAUACACAAGCACCAAUAAAGACUAAUCCAUACAGACACAGUUAACCUAAUGCCAAAUAAAUACUGGUUAAAUACAUGUAUGGCACAGAAUAUAAUUUGACUAUCAAGACUUUUAGCAUAAUGAAAAAGUCUAUAUAUAUGUGUAUAUGAAUUAUGUGGGCAUUCUUGAUACUUCAAGUUCUAGUUUGAAAAAAAAUACAUAACUAAUUUAAUUUUACACAAAAAUAUUUAUGCAGAUUUUCAGAAUUUCAUAUCAGGAAAUGACCUUUUUAUGUCUGUUAAAUAUCAAAACAAUUUGCUACAGUGUUAAUCUGCAUGGUCUUUAAGCCUGUUGUAGUUGAGAUGCAGACAGUGCAUGAAAAAGUAUUCCGCUGGGAAUUGAGCCAUGCCACCAAAGCCAAGAGGAGCGCAUGGAAACCCGGUAGUCUAGAACUAAUCAGAUUACUGAUUUUAGUGCACAGCACCAAAUGAAUUGUUGUAUAUGCUUGUACAAAUUAAUUCUGUGUGUUCCUCUGAACAAAGCGGAGAAAAUGAUGAUACCAUCGAUAUUGAAAUUAAACUUCCAACUUCUCUAAUAAAAAAUUAAAAUACACAUAACACUCGUCAGAGUAUUUGCUCCCAAGAUGCAUUCUAGCAAGUGUUUUGCCUUUUUCAUAUGCAUGAUCUCAUUGUUAUUUUCAAAGGGGGCUUAUUAAUACCCCCACAUGUUUUUCACCCAAAUGAUGCAAAACAUGCAGAUUCUAGUUGACUUCAGAUGUAAUAUACUUGUUUUUCUCCUAUUUAUGAUUUGAACCGGAUUCUGUAAAAUAUCUCUGGUUCUUAGUUUCCUUAUCUGUAAAACAGUGGAGUUAGACUACAUAUCUUUCGGCACUAACAUCUCAUGAAAAAUUUUGGUUAAUAAAAUAUCACCAUAUUUAGAUUGCCAAUUUUCAAA